GUUCCAGCCAGUAAAUUGCUCAGAAUUAACUUGAAUUUCGAAUUUCGACAUCAUCCCACCAAGCUUUUGUGUUCCAGCUCCCGCCCCGGCCCCGAUUACUCGACGACACCCGAGGUCUCGAAUCUCAACCUAAACUCGCAGGUUCAGCUUGGCCGACAUGCCGGGACGAUGCUGGGCCUCCGGUCAAUGGCAGCCCAGCUGCGGGCCUGCCACUGCCGGGCGUGCCUGCGAUCAACAAACACGGCCGCACGGAGGGUGACGACAGGCACGACAAGCACCACAGGCAACCCGCGACGCCGCAAAGUCCUCGCCAGCGAUGUAUUCACCGCAUGCUAUACUGCCAUAAUGGCAACAGCUGCCGUUGUAGACGCUGGCCGGAAAGACAGGCGCAGACGCGAGCUCGACGACAAGAUAGCCCAGGCGAGGAACAGCCUGGCUGGGUUGCUCGAGGAAUCGGCCGGCCAAGACCUCGCAAAGAUCCUCGAGUCCCCGUACCCUAAUGUCCCUUACGCCCGACCGCUGGAAAAGCUAGACGCUCUGGGCGAUAUAUGCAGGCUUGACGCCGACUUCCUCCGGGACUUACAAGAAAAGCGUCGAGGUCGAUUCAGAACAGCCCAGAACCUGCGCGCAGCGCUUGGUCUGUCCUGGAACCCGGAGUUGCCCGACACAAGGAAAACAACUUUGGCUAAGUGUGAGGAGGUUCUCGUCGCCGAAAAGGAAUGGGAUCUCGAGCGUCGGGAGCCUCUGACUGAGGUACACAUGGAUAAAGUAACGGACAUGAUCACCGACCUCGUGGAUCGGCUCAUGGCAGAGGCCUGGUGGAUUACGGAGCUCGAAGCGCCCGGGUCACAUCCCGCUCUCAUCAGCCCAGAUUCAGCCAACACCAUGAUCCGCAUGCUGCGUUCCGAUGGCUACCCUAACUACGCCCACCCGGACCUAGAUCCUGCAGAGACUGUCGUUCAACGAGAGCGUCUGAACGAGAUUAAUUUGCAAAUUCUAUCCGACUGGUCGCCGCCUUUCCGGGAACGCUAUGUUGCAAAGAUGUGCUACAACUUCCUCGUGUGCGGUGUUACCCCGGGCAUCCAGAAUUACAACAUGUUGAUCUUGGCUUUCUCAUUCAUUGGCGAGCACAACCUGUCGCAGGCCAUGGUGGAUUCGUUCCUCUUCCUGAGCCAUAUGAAACCGACAGAAGCGACAUACCUCUGCUUACUACACCACUAUCGGCUCAAGGGGGACAUGGUCGGCUUCCAAGGUGUCAUCAAGCGCAUGUUUGGCUACGACCCCCGUGGGAUAGGGCUGAUGCGGAGGACGGCCGACUACCGCGCCCCUUUCUCCCAGAACGUGGCCGAAGCAAUCCUAGAAGGCUUGAUAGAUUUUGGCAUGCUCCGGGAGGGUGCAAAACUGUUUGCCGUCUGUCUCCGCGAGCAAUGGACAGUCAGCAGAGAUUUGAUGUGGAGGUUAUUCCACUCUUGUCUCACAUUGCUGGACUCGGCGGCGGCUAAGAUGGUGAUUCGGGGGUUGCUCGAUAACAUCGAUCAAACAUCGUGGAUGCUCCUUGGUCCCGAGGCCGUCGGCCCCGCGACCAUUCGACAAUUGCGUCACCUCCUCAACAUCUGGCAGGCGACGGCACUCCCGGGGGCCAAUGAUAUCGGACACGGCGGGUUUCAGGCUAGUAAUUCGACGCGAAGAGUCGAAAAAGCGCGCCUCGAUCACCUCGCGACGGCCAUCUGGAUAAGGGAGAUGUGGCACCACAGCAGCAUGAUGGGUUGGUGGCUGAGGCGGGCCGACAGAAAGCUCAUGGAUGGCGACACGCCUCUCAUCGAGCGGCUCGAUAUGGUUCUAUCUGUUCUCAACUUCGCGGCCGAGCGGCCGAGACUAAAGAUGGAAAAGUCGAGGCACAUCCAGCGCAUAGCAAAGAUGGACUGGUUGAUAGCGCAAACCGUGUCGGCCGACUUCCGCAUCCGGAGCGCAGAGACCGUCAUCCUCAAAGUCGUCGCUCAACAGGUGCCGCGUAAAUUGCGGAAGAGGUCGCACUUCAACUCGAGGCUCAAUCUCGACAAACGCAUAGCCCGUGCCCUGUUGUAUGGCACCCCGGGGACGUUGGAGCACAACGUGGCCAUGUGCUUCCACGUCAGCGCUGAGAUCGAUAAUCGGAUCACGAGGGCAUUGGUGAAAGCUCUCCCGGAGACGUAUGCCAAAGGGCUCUGGCAAACGCGGAACGACUCAGGUGACGUCAGUUUUGGGAGGGUCGUGGCCUAUUUCCACCACUAUCUAGCCAGUAUGGAGGACCGGCCGGCGCAGGCGGAGGAAACGGUUUGGAAGCCGGACGGUAUUUCACGGCUGCUCCAGCGCAUGGCGUUUUGGAAACAGAAUACGGUGCCGCCGGCAGCAGGAACUACCGCGUCACCGGAGCAGACCGGUUGGUGGUGAGGAACAUGCGACGUUAGCACAUGUAAACUAUAGAUUUCAAGGACGGUCGGUGUAUUGUACAUGUACAUAUAUAUAUAUACCCAAGAGGCAUAGAUGGGACCUACAGGGGUGGCAUAACACAGCAAUAUUGCUCGGACCGCUCGAGUCACAACCCAGGU